GUAGGGCGGGGGAAAGGACAGAGGGGGAACGCGAGCAAACAGGUGAAGAGGAAGGGCGGAAAGAGAGUGGACUUGAACGGAGUAAGGCAGAAGGGCAACACGGCAGAGGACUGUUAAGAUAUUCAAAAACAGAAGAAUAUAGCUGUGGUGUGUAUUUUCAACACAGGAAAGACCACAGAAUGGAGAGUGACUCGUGUGAUGACAGCCAAAGUGACAGUGGAGUAUCAGCAGACUUCUCCCCUUGCAGUACUUUGGAGGGCAACACCACCAUCUCCACAGGGACUCGAGCAACUGCACCCAAAGAGACGCCCAUUGAGAGGGAGAUCCGGCGGACUAUAGAGCGUGAACACAGCCUGAGAAGGUCCAGAGGACUUCCAAAUCCACCCACUUCCCCAGAGUAUGUAGAGAUUCCUUUAAGAAAAACUGUUCUCCAUCAGUCACUCACCACUAAUUCUGAGAAGUGCCAAGGCAAAGACAGGCAGUUUGCAGGCAAGAAAAUGCAGCAUGAGAUCCACGAGGAGGCCCAGAGGGAGCAGGAUCUGGUAAAGCUUGGGAAAGUUCCAGGUUUCUACGACAAAGGCACAGUUCGCCAACUCAAAGAGAGGAAACAGCUAUUUGAGGCCUUUCAGCAACCCAGUGACUCAACUUUGACUGUCUCAACCAGGAGUAAUCCCACAUCUUGGUCCUCAGCCAGUGACAUUUCAACUUUGGAGAACCAGGAGGAUACGUUUUCACAGACAUCCACCAUAGGAGGCUUAUAUGUGGGGAGGAGAGGGAGUGUAGACAUGCUUUAUCCCACAGAGAACCCCAUUGAAGCCAAGGGAGGGGAUAAAACCAGCUCAAAGCGAGAAAUUGGCUUCUCCAAGGGGACGAGUCGCCAGGUCAUCAUCGUAGACAAAAACCUGAGUGGCCCAGCACAGAAGCUCUACCAUGCCAAACAUGAGAUAGAGCCUGUCACCACAGUCGACUCUGGAAGACCAAACAUCUCGUCGUCUGGGACAGGAGAAGAUGGUGGGAUUAACAGGAGAUUGCAGGACAAGGACGAGGAGGAGGAGGAAGCACCCAAGGAUAACCCCUUUUUCAAGCUGCGCUCCUCGACAAAUGUAGUUAAAGUGGAGCAGGAUAUCCGGGAGGCUCAAGAGAGGGAGAAGGAUCUUCACAAGCAGAGGAUCAGUCUAUAUGGAGGAAGAGGGGUUGCAAAAGGGGGAGAAGGGGGAAGCGAAGCAGGAGAGAGGCCAGCCACUAUUGAAGAAAAGAUUCCUACAAUGUCAUCCUCCUCACUGAAUGGACUGGCUGUUCUUGACAUACCUGACUCAUCACCCAGGUGGAGGACUGGACCCUCAGCAGCACACCAGUCAGCUGGCAAGUUGAACAUAUGGCCCCCGGCCCAGGCUGAAGAGGAGAUGACUACUCAGCAAGAGUUCCUCCGGAUACCCCGGACCCCCAGGCAGAAGAACCCUCUGGUACAGCGCUGGGAGUCCGGCCUGGUCAAUGGACACAGUGAGGAAGAUGACUGAGGAGAUAAUGACGGACCAAGGUUUACAGAGACGUUAACUUUUUGAAGCGGAGGGCUGAAAGGACGUGAGAUAUAAGUGGAGAGCUGUGUAGGGAAAGAGGGAACAAACCUGAGGGGGGAGCAGUGACGAAGAAAAAGAAACUGAGAAACUGAGAGGAAAAAAAGAGAUCAGGGAUUUGAGAUCGCAUGGGGUCAGGGGGAUUGGGAGCAAGGAGAAGGGUUGGUGGAAUCUAAAAUGUCCUUCAGGAAAGAGGAGAGAAGAAGAAGGAGGAGGAGGGCCACCUAUUUGUGGAUAAGCACUUGGCCUCCUUGUAGUGCUGGGAACUCUGAGACUAAUGAACAAAAAAGGAAAUGAAAAAUAAUAAUGAUACUGCACUGGAGAAAAUAAAAUGUAAAUUUAGCUAGGUUGGGAUUUUAAUGAACUUCUUUUCUAUUGGGUUUUUGGAAUAAUAAUGAGUUGUUAUUUGAUGAUGAACAUAGAUAAAGUAGUACAGUGUCUGUUACUGGAAAAAAGAUUAAAAAACAAUUCCUCAUUACCAGUUUUUUUGUGCUUUUAAUGAUGUCUUACACCAAGUUAGCGGUUUAUCACACCUGCGUAAUCUAAUGCAAUCCAAUACAAUAACCAUGCAAUGAAUCACAUCUUACUGUUUCUGUUACUUUUUUAUUGGCACAGCCAGGCAAUCGUUGGAUCACCUUUGCUGUAAUUGUAGAGGUUGUGUCAUUGGUGUGGUUCUACUGAAUGCAUUAACAAGAUCUCUUUCCAAUAUAAAUGACAACUCUCAAUAAUUAUAUCAACUACCGCCCUUAAAAUGAAAACUCUUUAUUAAUUUUCAUUUGAUCACUUUGUUCGUGUUUUCAGAAUAAACUGGUUACUUGGUGUAAAUGCCAGUGAAAUGGAUCACUGUGCAGGUCUUAAUUCAUGAAUAGCUCCUCCUUUUGUUUUGAGCUUCACAGCCGAAAGAUGGAUUAUAGAGCAGUGAGAACAUUCUGCAAGAAAGUGCAAAGUUGAUCUGGAUUGCAGAGCUGAUUGAUGCAACAUGAUAAAACCUAAUGCUUAAAUAAUAGCUGCGCUGUUGUAGGAUUUCUAACAUGGUGCAAUAAAGGAUGUACUUUGGAAUGAAGCUUGACACACACAAAUAAAAAUCUGUACCCUCUACUCAUUUCUAUUUGUUUCAUACUGAGACAGAUGUUACAUAACUGUAAUGCAUUCAGUGUUAUUCUACUAACUAUUGUAUCUCAACAAAACAAUAUUAAAGUCGUUGGGUGGGAUGAAG